AUGCCGAUAACGGUGAGAGACUAUACAUGGCGGGAAACAGAGGCAGAAGUGGUUCUUGUCCUACCGCUGAAAGGAGUCAGCCCCAGCAAGGCCGACAUCUUGACGACGGAGCGAUACAUCAAGGUCCACUACCCGCCGUAUCUGUUCGAGGUGUACCUGGCGGCCGAGGUGGUCGAGGAGCAGUGUACGGUCAAGGUGGGUGACGGAGCCGUGGAGUUCCGACUGCUCAAGAAGGAGACAGGACUCUGGGGGACUCUGGCAGCUAGUGAUGUGGACCAAGACAAACAGACAUUAGCUGAGAAGAGAGCAGAGGCGGUGGAGGUGGUGGGAAAGGCUGCGGUGGGACGGGCAGAGGCAAGGGCGGCAAAGAAGAGAGAAGAGGAUAGGUAUGCUGUCAGAGAGCAGAUGAGGCUGGAGCAGGAGGCGAGGGGGAGGAUUGAGGGGCAGAAACAGGAGGAGAGAGAUCGGGCUGACAGAGAGCUGGCGAGGUGGAAGGAAGAGAAGAAAGCACAGAGAGAAAAGGAAAAGGCCGAGGUUGCGAAGAUUGCGAAAGAGAAGGGGAAGAGUCAAAAUCGUUUGAAAAAGACAGCAAAGGUUUCGUCAUCGACUGCGAUUUGGGAUAAAGGUGACGAGAAUGGAGUUAGUACUCCGGAGAAGAAAGCUCCUCCCCCACCUCGUGAGGGAGGUAACAUCGUGGUACAGUUUACCCCGCGAGUGUUCCCCACGGCUGCGAGGGAGUCUAAAUUGGUAGAGGAGCAGGAAUGGCUGGCCAAGCAGGCCGCAGCUCGACGGAUUACUCAACCCCGCAGUGGUGAAGACGAGGGAGACAUCAACGAGAGAAACCCGGAAUUUCUCAAAGAUCGCGGAGUCCAGUUCUUCAGAGCUAAAAACUACGAGGCAGCCGUGAACGUCUUCUCGGAGGCAAUUUCCCUCAACCCAGCACUCCCCCAACUGUUCUCAAAUAGAGCCGCGUGUCAUCUUGCGACUGAUGACUUUGAGCACUGCGUCAGUGACUGCUGCAGGGCCCUAGAGCUCUACUAUCCAGUGGUGCCCUCGAACCAACAAUCUCGGGCCAAGGUCUUUGCUAGGAGGGGUUCGGCAUAUGCAAAGAGUGGUGAACUGGACCUGGCAGUUCAGGACUACGAGGAGGCAGUGAGGCUGGUGCCAGGAGAUGAGAGACUGCAGCAAGACUUGCAGCGACUAAAGGAGGCCACGCCCAAGUCAUAA